AGUUAAUACACAAAUCAAUGAAUAUGGAAGACACAUUUUGCGCCGAGCGACAGGUAAAAAUGAGGAAAGAUUUGCACAAAAUUUCAAAAAGACAAAUGCGCCGGCGUGUGAAUGUGGAUUUUAAGUCGCUAAAAAGUUUGCUAAGUAAUGUCAAAGUUAACGGUGCUUUAAAACAAGACGGCAAAAUAAUCAAUGAGACUAAUAUUGUUGAAAAUGCGAUUAGUUUUAAUAGUUCGCGUUCUAGAAUAGAUGAAGUAGUUGGCGGAAAUACUGUUUUAACUAAAAGCGAAAAAUUAAAAGUCGACAAUGGUGUCAGUGAAACACACAAUGAUGCACAUAUUGAUCCUAAUAUUUUACCACAAAUGAACUCAUCCAUUGAAUCUGAGAUCAGAGGUUGGGCGAUUAAAUAUAAUGUAACAACUCACUGUUUAAAUGCUCUAUUGGGAAUUUUAAGAAAUCAUAUUGUUGGGAGUUCUUUACCAAAAGACUGUAGAACUCUUAUGCAUACUCCAAAAUUAAGUAGUAUUUUAAAAAUGGAUCCGGGUUUAUACAAACAUUUCGGAAUAGAAAAGGCGAUAAGAUGUUUAUUCUUAAAGAACAACAUUGUAGAAUUUCACAAUAAUGUGGUAGAAAUUGGUUUAAAUAUUGAUGGUUUACCAAUAUCUAAUAGCUCAAAAAGUCAGUUCUGGCCAAUUUUAAUUACAAUAAGAAACCUUCCAAAUAAAGCCCACUCACAAGUUUUUCCGGUGGGUAUAUACUAUGGUACAGGAAAGCCAAAAUCACUUCAAGACUUUAUGCAACCGUUUAUUAAUGAUAUAGAGAAUUUAAAAAAUAAUGGGUUACACUUAUGUAAUAAAAAUUUGGCUGUACAAGUUGUCAAUAUUAUAUGUGACGCACCAGCAAAGGCUUAUCUUUUAAACGUAAAGGCACACAAUGGCUACCACGGGUGCAAUUAUUGCACUGAUGAGGGCGAUUUUAUUAACAGAAGGAUGGUAUUUUUGCAAAGAAAUGCGGAUUUAAGAACGGAUGAGUCGUUUAGAUUAAGGUCGGAUGAAGAAUAUCAUCGUGAUGGUCCAAGUCCACUUGAGCAAAUUGGUAUUGGGUUAGUUAGUUCUGUACCUUUAGAUUACAUGCACCUAAUUUGUAUUGGUGUAAUAAAGCGCUUAAUAAUAUUUUGGGUGAAAGGUCCGAGAGAUCUAAGACUUUCGGUGGAAGCUAUGAGCAGUAUGAAUUCUAAUAUUCGUAAUAUACGAGAGUAUAUACCAGAAGAAUUUUCAAGACUGCCAAGACCUUUGGAGGAAAUAGAUUAUUGGAAGGCAACUGAAUUGAGGCUUUUCGUACUGUAUACUGGAGCUUUAGUCCUAAGAGGCCACUUACCAAGAAUAUAUUACAAUCAUUUUCUACUUCUGCAUUGUGCUUCAAAAAUUUUAGUUUCGGUUGACACUUACCUAACCUCAAAUGAUUUAGCAAAAAAGUUAUUAAAUAAGUUCGUACAACAAUAUGCUGAGUUAUACGGCAGCGAAUUUGUGACUCACAACGUUCACAAUUUAAUUCACAUAAGUGAUCAUACAAAAGUACAUGGAACUCUUGACGAAUUUAGCGCAUUUCCGUAUGAAAAUUAUUUGCAACAUCUAAAAAAAUUGUUUAGAAAAAGUCCUAAUGCUUUACAACAAGUUUGUAAUAGGUUAGAAGAAGAGGUGAGCUUUUUGGGAGAACAACGGAAAGAAGCAUUUAACUACAGCUUGCCUAUCCUUACUGGAGAAAUAGAAAAUUUUUCUGAUAAAUAUAAAAUAUACAAAACUUUACGAGUCGAAGAUCUGCUCAUUAAAAUAAAUGGAAAAGAUAAUUACUUAAUGUUAAAAAGCAACAAGUUUGUAGAAGUGCAGAGUAUUGUUAAAAAGGAACAAUUUAUAAUAUUGGUUGUUAAAAGCUUCUUAGAAAUUUCUCCUCUAUACGUUAAUCCGUGUGAAUCAUCAUUACUAACUGAGGUUUUGGCAGAGCAUUAUUUUUCUGAACCUUUCGAGGUGGAAUAUUCAGAGGUGAAAUUUAAAUGUAUGUACAUACCUGUUGCGAGCAAUAAUAAAGCCGCUUUAUUGGCUUUAAAGCAUAAAGUAUUAUAUUAUUUUACAUGGGCCAUUUUCCCAAAGAGGACACUUAUUCUGUUUUUCCGUCUAAUUGGUACAAAGAAGCUGCUGAUGGGAACAUAUAGUUUUUGGCCAAAAAGCAAAGUUCAACAAAAAAAUGUCUGUGCCUUAAUUUCAAAAGCCAAGGAAGUGGAUAAGGAUUGGGAACUAUUUCCGAUAUUAUUUUACAUGGGCCAUUUCCCCGAAGAGGACACUUAUUCUGUUUUUCCGUCUAAUUGGUACAAAGAAGCUGCUGAUGGGAACACAUAUAGUUUUUGGCCAAAAAGCAAAGUUCAACAAAAAAAUAUCUGUGCCUUAAUUUCAAAAGCCAAGGAAGUGGAUAAGGAUUGGGAACUAUUUCCGGUGACAGUUUUGGGAAAAUAUACAACAUAUGAUGAAGCCAGGCAAAGAGAGGCUCAUUUACAAAAGUUAUCAGGUUCGGAAUCGGAUGGCAAGAAAUCUUUGGGAAGAGGAAAACGAAAGAAAACCCUGCGGCGCUUAUCCUAUUCGAGUGAUGAUGACAAUCUUCAGCCCGGAGACGAACAGAUAAUCGUACCGUCUAGAAAGGUUUCUAAACCAAAAGAAACGCAUGCAAAAAAUACGUUGCCUGCUAUUUCCCAACCUCCUAGUUCAUCGCCAAGUUCAUCAAGUCGAGAACAAUGUGUUAUAGAGCAAGAUUAUAUGGAAAUUGAGGACAUUGAAAACAAUCUUUCAGGAUCUAGUGAGGAUUUGAACCCUGAUGACAGCGAUCUGGAAAGCAAUAAAAUUUCAGAAGACGGACAACCAGAGCAACCAUUGGAGCCAUCAAGUUUCCGAAUAUUAGCGCAAUAUGCUAAAGAAGUCAUAAUUGAAGAUAAAACUUUGGAAACUAAAGAGGACAUAAUUCUAAAAGAAUUAGUAAAUAUUAAGAAUUAUGUCGUGGCGAAUAAUAAGGCACUUGAUGAAAUUAAACUUUUAAUACUAAAUGGAAGUUCGACAUCUCCCAAUUGUGGGAACAUGCAAGAACUGGAAACAAUGUUGGCAACAUCUGAGGACCUUCAAGUUCAAGUGAUGCAAAUGCUUUUAAAGUUGGGCGGUGAAAAUGGAAGAAAAUUUAUCAGACAAUCCUAUAGAAAACUAUUCUCUACUGUCCUAGAAAAGCAAUGCUCUUGGACAGGGGCUAAAGAAAACAAAAAAAUUAAAGAUUUGCUUGUUGUUAAAGUUGUAAAAGAAGCCAGUAUGAAAUUAUUUCAUUUGAGUGAAUGUGAUUUUGAUAAAGAGAGUAAGGAGUGGUUCCGAACUGCUAAGCAACGUUCAAAACGUUUUUUGGCCAAAUUUGGACAUGAAAAUGAGGCCGAAAAUUAA